UAGGCGUGACAUUUUUUCCAUUUUUAAUAAAUUUUCGUCUACAGAAGAUCUUAAUUUUUUUACCUGAAAAAAAGUCACACCAAUGCGAUUUUGUUUCACGAUCAUUCAUAAUAUUUUCAGUUGAUCUACGAUAUACAGAUAAAGAUAAAGAUGAAGUUAUGCGUAAGUAGAAAAUCUGUGUACUCGUGUCGUCAGACGUUGAACUUUUUGAAUGUUUAUUUUCAAAGUAGAAGCUUUUUUUUUCUCUGCAACACGGCAUUUUUUUGCAGCGAACGUAUUUGCUGCUUCCAUCUACUACGUCUUACCAACACGCAUUGGAAACAUCUCUCGUGCUUAACAGCCCUUCCUCUUUCGACAUACCCUUCACAUCGUUGUGACAAUUCGCCAUCAUCAUUUACUCCAACGCAAAGGCGAAGGCUGUGUAUGUCAGUCAAUACUGUUUGUAAAUCUGAUUUAUUCAAAAUGUUCACAGUUCCGAUUAGUAUCGCAAUGUACGAAGCCAGUCAUCUUCUCUGGUAUGGAAUGAACAGCCCACAUAGAUUCAGGUAAAGUUAUAUGAUGCGCAUCAUUAUGUACAUCUGCAAUUGUGUAUUCUUUCCGAAGACUAUAAGAAUGAUCACAUAAAACCACGGUAUUACUAUCUUCGAGGUUUUGCUGUGUCC